AUGCAGCUGUCGUCGCUGGACUCCGGUGAAUUGCUGGGCUUGGGAGAGUCGCUGGAUUCCAAGGAGUCGCCGUUGCUGCUGGAGGAGCUGCCGGCAAAGCCAGGGGCGAGUUCAACACCCAUGGCCGUGCCGCAUGGACUGCCACUCUCGGAGCAACACUCCAAACGCCGGCCGUCCUCAUCGAAGACCUUGAACAACAGCAUGGAGGCACCAUCAUACUCGAAGUGGAUGGCAAGGGCCCCCUCCGCACAGCAAGCGUGCGCGACCUCGCCCCAUCCUCGAGUCAUGAAGAUGUCGCCCAGGGGGGACGACCUCGACCUCCGCCCUUCCACGGCCACCGGCGUCGACUCGUCCCCGCGUCCUGGCCACGAGCUCCGGGUCCCUCGUCUCCGUCGAGCUGGUGUUCUGCUUCGUCUCGGGGAGCAGCGGAACGGCCUCGUCGUCUCCGUCAACGCCCGCGGCCACUGGAACCUCGUCGCCAUGAUCCCCUGCUCUGCUGCUACUAAGCCGCUCACCGAGCCAUCUUGUGCUCCACGCUCUCUCCCCGCAGACGAGCUCGAGCUCGAGGCCGCCCCGCCUCUGCCGCUCGGCACUGCGCCUUCCCUGGCCACGAACCCCCCACCAUCUGCGGGCGCCCCGUCGCGCCUGACAGCGUCGGUCGUUGCUCCCUCGCUGCUGGCCCAGUGCCAACGCCCCUUUGUCCCCUGGCCGCACUCGCCGUCCCGUGCGCGCGCCACCACGCCCGUCGCCCGCCUGCGAAUUGCCCUGCUCGAGCCUACCGCUGCUGCUAUCCGCAGCCGCCCGGCCACGCUCGCCUCCGGCCGCGACAUCGCCCCGCUGCCCGCUGCACCCGCCUGCUGCUCUGCUUCGCUGCUUCUGCUAAGGCUGCUACGUAUAUUACUGUUGCCCGCGCGCGGCAGCUUGCUGCCCUCGCUGGUGACUGCUCGCCUGGCCGCGUCCCCACGCACGCCCACGAGCGCGUGCCCGCCGCCUCUCGGCCGCUCGCGUGCUGCUCCCGCUCGCCUGCCGCUGCUUGCUACCACGGCGCUGCUGCUGUAUCCUAGCUUGUUGUACUCUGUACUUCUAGCUACUGUAGCUACUAGCUAG